UGCUCGGGCAGAAGUGGGUCAGCGGCGCCGCGGAGGGGCAGGUGCCAGAGCCGCCCGGUGCCGCCCGGUGCCGCCACUGUCCGCCCCGCUGCAGGGACGCCCGCGCCGCCCCAUGCGCCCCACGGCACGCUCCUGACUGCCGCCGGCCACCAUGCGGGCCCAAAUCCAGGUGAUCCCCUGCAAGAUCUGCGGAGAUAAGUCCUCGGGGAUCCACUACGGUGUCAUCACCUGCGAAGGCUGCAAGGGCUUUUUCCGGCGGAGCCAGCAGAACAAUGCCAGCUACUCCUGCUCGCGGCAGAGGAACUGCCUGAUCGACCGCACCAACCGCAACCGCUGCCAGCACUGCCGCCUGCAGAAGUGCCUGGCGCUGGGCAUGUCCCGCGAUGCGGUGAAGUUCGGGCGCAUGUCCAAGAAGCAGCGGGACAGCCUCUACGCCGAGGUGCAGAAGCAUCAGCAGAGCCAGGAGCAGGGCGGCGGCACCAAGGACGAGCCCGAGCCCCUCAGCCGCGUCUACACCACCAGCGUCAGCAGCGGGCUCUCGGACCUGGACGACAUCUCCACGCUGUCGGAUGGGCUCCUCUUCGACUUCCCCCUCACUCCUGAUGGCAGCAGCGCCUACUACAACCUCGACCUGCUCGCCUCGGCACAGCCCUCGCCCGACCAGUCCAGCCUGGACGUAGCCGAUGCCAGCCUCAUCAAGCAGGAGUCUGUCUACGAGCUGAUGCUGGAGCCGGGGCUGUUCGCGCACGGCGGGCUGGAGGGCGCCCAGCUCGCUGCGGACAUCUCUGUCCUGGAGAUCGAUCGGGUGGCCCAGAAUGUGGUGAAGUCACACCUGGAGACGUGCCAGUACACGACAGAGGAGCUCAAGCGCCUGGCAUGGAGCCUCUACUCCCCCGAGGAGGUCCGUGCCUUGCAGAGCAAGAGCUGCGAGGCCAUGUGGCAGCAGUGCUCGCUGCAGAUCUCCAAUGCCAUCCAGUACGUGGUGGAGUUUGCCAAGCGCAUCGACGGCUUCAUGGAGCUGUGCCAGAACGAUCAGAUCAUCCUCCUGAAAGCUGGUUGCCUGGAGGUGCUGCUGCUCCGCAUGAUCCGAGCCUUCAACCCCCUGAACAACACCAUCCUCUUCGAGGGCAAGUUUGGUGGCAUGCAGAUGUUCAAGUCGCUGGGCUGUGAUGACCUCAUCGGUGCCGUCUUCGAGCUGGGGAGGACCCUGUGCCGCCUGCAGCUGUCGGACGAGGAGCUCGCCCUCUUCACUGCUGCCGUGCUGCUCUCCCCGGACCGCCCGUGGCUGACAGAGGCCAGGAAGGUGCAGAAGCUGCAGGACAAGGUCUACGUGGCCCUGCAGCACGAGAUCCGCAAGAAGCACUCCGCCGAGGACAGGCUCUCGAAGAUGGUUUCCAAGCUGCCCCUGAUGAAGACCAUUUGCAACCUGCACCUGGACAAGCUGGAGUUUUUCCGCCUGCUGCACCCAGAGACGGCCAUGAACUUCCCCCCCCUCUACAAGGAGGUCUUCAACUCAGAGCUGCAGUACAGCGACCCCCGGGAGAGCUAAGGCUGGGAGCCUCUGGCCCCCUUCCAGUCCCCCCAACCUUUGGAGCAGAACUAAACUUCAGAGGUUUGGGGCAGCUUCCUGAAAUCAAAUAAUCAAACUCAAGAGAACCUGGAGGGGCUCUGGGGGAAGCUCCCAGCCCCAGACGUCCUCGCUGCGGACUGCAAUAGCUCUUGAAUGUAAAGCACCUUGAAGGAAGGAAAAAGCAAAGAGACUUUUGCCACACCAGUGAAAUGAAUGUGAAAUCUCCACCCGGGAGAGGAGAAGCUCCUGGCAGGGCUCCGGGACCGACUCCUCCUGGCAGGGCACGGAGCUGGGCAGCGCACAGGGCCCUCCCCACCCUCCUGCCUGCACUCGCCAGAUCUGACUGUUAAUUGGGUUUAAUUGUUAUUCUUUUCUGUUGGUUUGUUGGGGGGUUGUGUUUUAAACCCAAGCACAAGGCAUGGGAUGAAGAAGGGGAGAGGCAGACGGCUGGACAGGGGUGACCCAGGCGGCUGGGGGCUCCUGUCUGGAGCUGAGGAGAGGGUGAAGGCAGAGCCUUUGCUCUAUUCCCUCUCCCACAGCUGCAGCAAGCCCACGGGGCACAGAGUGACCUCAGGAGCUUGGCUGAGAAAGACUCAGCUGUAGCCAGGCUGGGAGGCAGGGCAGGAUUUUCCCAGGGAGGAGGCUGACUUGAGGGGAAGGAUCCAGCAUGGCAGGGGAAAAGCUCUGCAGGGUCUCUGUGCUGCUUCUUCGGCCAACUGCAGCUGGGCAGCUGCUGCCUUUGGGAGCCCUUUCAGCAGCUCCACCCUCCCCUGCCACCUCUCUGCAUCCUGAGCUCUCUCCCAAGAGGGUCUUUGUCUUUGCAACUGUGGCCAAAUCGCAGCUCCUGGCUUCUCCACCUUCCACCUCCACGCAGCCACACCGGUCCCAUACCCUUCCUGCACUGGGACCACUGGGAGCAGGAUGAGUUGGACCCAAGCUUUUACCUCCUAGAGGCUCUUGAUACCUGUUCCUCUGGAGGUUGUUCUCCAGUUAGCAGCAUCUGAGAACUUUCUAGGGAGAGAAGCUGCCCACUGAGGUCCAGGGGAACCAAAUGUCCCCAUCCUGCAGUUAUGGUCUGAGCAGGUUGGGCAGGGAUGGGUCCGUGUGGGAUGCUGCAGUGCCUGCAGCCAGCAGGGCUGCUCAGGGGACUCUCCAGCCAGGCUCUGCGGAUGUCUUUUCCGUCCCCGUUCCUGCUCCUCCUGCAGCGAAUGCCAAAAGCUCCAAGGGAAGAACCUGCUCCGGGGCAGCCUCACUUUCUGCUGACAAAGGGCUAAAAUCCCAAGCCCCUUCCUGCUUCGUUGGUGGUUUCCUGCGUGUCCAGCCCCAUCCUCGAGCUUCAGCUUGAAGUCCUUCAAGUCCACGACUGCAUCCCCUCAGCUAACCAAGCAGCUCCAUAGCAGUGGUUGGGGAUAUUCAUGCUUUAGGUUAAAAGACCUGAGAGGGAAGACCACGGAGCAGCCUCAGCCGGGGGAGACUCACCAGGAAGCCAACAGGAUUCCUGCUUCAGCAUCAAACAGGGAAGAACUUGGGCCUGGGCUGCUCUCUGCCGUGGUUUUGCUGACAGCCACCCGAGCUGCUGCUUGGAGCAUGCUGGAGCUCAUCAGUUGGUUUCUCUACACCAUGAUGUCAGAGCCCAGGUGUGUGCUGAAGGCUGCCACGAGUGCCGACGCGGCACGCACCGGGGCGGGGAUGUGCCAUGCUCGUGCCCUGCCCUCGGGUCCUAAAGCAGGCGAGAAGUGAGCUGUCAGCGCUGCCUUUUCCAUCCGGAGGGUUGUGCCUUUGUUUGGAGAACCAUUUCUGCCAGCCCCGCUCGUUCCUGGCUCUUCUCAGCAGGGAGAAGCACCGGAGAGGACGAAGCUGCUUCGGGAGGGGCUCUCGGCCUCUGUCUCUGCCGGACAGCAGCACCUCCUGUCCCGGCCGUGGGAGGUUUGAUGUGCUGGGGGGAGGGAAAAAAAAGCACAAACCCUUCUCGAUGCCCUCAGCAGUCACCGGCCAACGCCGGACAAGAGCACCCUUCUCAUUUCAGCUGGCCAAGCAAGCAAGCAAGCACCUUAGAUGGGGGCCGGAGCGAGCCCUCGCCGCCAGCUGCUCCUCCAGCCCGCGGGAUAGGCUUGGGGCUCGCAGCAAUAAAAGCCCCCGUGGGGAGGUGGGGAAGGCUGGAAGCGUGGAACAGCUGUGGCCCAGCUGCCGAACCGCGGGGACCUGCACUUUUCAGUUCUCUAGAGAGGAGUCCUCGGGCUGAGGGAGGCAGCGGCUGCCGGCCCGGGCAGUGCACAGUGGAAGAGAGCGAGGCCAGGGGGCCCUGCAGCAGCGAUGCUGCCUGCAGCCUUGCCGGCCUGCUCACCCCAAGACUUAGCCAGUGGCACCCAUGCCAAGGUCCCUCCUGCCCCCUCAGUGCCACCAAGCGAUGGCAGCUCAGCAGAGCCAGGCACCGAGCUCGCAGGGCAAGGGCGCUUGGGAAAGCCGAGGUAGAAACGCCUGGAAAAGGGAAAUUUGGGCUCUCGCCGGUGCCGCUGCCACGGGCGGCUGGAGGGACGGGGCAGGGGAGCCCCAAGCACCCCCACCUCGCCUUGAUGCUGGGGCCUCGGCACCUUGGCACCAGCCGUGAGCCAUCGAGCCGCUCGCGUUGCCCAGCGAGGCAGGCGGCGGCUCCAGUGCAUGGGGCAAGGGCAGCCCCAGGGCGGGCUUGCUCUUCUCCAGGGGAAGGUUGAUGUUGUGUCUGUCUGUCUGUCUGUCUGUCUGUCUGUCUGCUGCGUGUACAUUGCCCCCUCCAGAGCCCUCACGCUGCGAAUGCAAACGGCUAAGCCAGAGCUCUAAUAGAUACUCUCGUGAAUGUCGGUGCGGAGGAGACCAAACACGGAGAGCUCAGCCGGGCUGAUGUUGUUUUUUAUCUCUCUGAAGGAAAGGAAGAAACGGAAAAUGUUUGGGGUUUGGUUUCUUCUCCCCUCCGUUUCCAAUCCCCUCCCUCUCCCUCCACUCCUCCUCUUCCUCCUCCCCACGCACACCUCCCCAGCUCCCCCCCCCCCCCCCCCCCCCCCCGGCCUGUAGAUGCGGACAGGCUCUCUGGAGAUGUUUUCCUUCGUAGAGGUAGGAAGCUGCUGUCCGUCCUCAUGGAAUGUUCUGUCUCGUGAAGAUUGUAAUUUCUAUUUUUUUAAAGAAAAGGACUAAAUAAAAUUUCCUCUCUGGGAGCAGUCGGUGGGGAGGGAGGGCUGGGGAGGGAGAAAGGUUUUAUUUAAGGAGACACAGACACAAAGAGAAUAAACCCAAAAAAGGCACUGUCUGACUCUCAUGCCAUGGAAUAAAAAGUGAUAGAAUGUCUGGGCGAGGAAGGCUGCAGCCAGUUUGUCCUGCAGGGCCACACAAUUUACAGAGCUGCUUCCAGUUCUGGGCGUGGAACUGCUGCAGAGGGCCCAGAGGGGGCCACAAAGGUGGUCAGAGGCCAUGGGCAGAGUUUGGGCUGCGCAGCCUGCAGAAGCGAAGGCUCCAGGCAGAGCUUAGAACAUCCUU